CAUAAGAAUGCUCUUCAGACAGACAGCCUUGAAUAACAGUGGACAGGACAUCAACUUCGUAAAUAAUUUAUUCUAGACAAAGAGGGACAAUACAUAAACGCUUCUUUGUGUCAACAUCAGGCUGACUGACAGAGGAUGGCCACCAUGUGGAGGAGCCUGUCCAAAUAUAUCUGUAUCUUCAUCCUGCUGGCCCUGKCAGGCCUCUUCUUCCUGUUCAGCAACAUAAACAUUCUGGAGCAGAAGCUCAACUGCCAAGCAGUGUCAAUGUUCUACCAGCACCAAAGCAACAUCCUCCUCCCAGAGGGCCCUUCUCCUCUGGACCGCAACCGGAGCCACUGUAGCCAGGAGCCCUCACCGGAGGAGGCUCUGGAGGAGCGUGACCUCCUGGAGUCCAUCGCCUGGCCACAGCCUCAGACCCAUUCUGUGAAUGUGUCCCUGAACCAGACCAGUGACCCUGCACACAGCCUUUUUGUGAUCCUGCCAGCAGGGGGCAGGAGAGAAUGGCACGUGGGGGACCAGUUGGAGGUUCUGGUCCAUAUACAUGACUUCCAGGGGCGUCCCAAGAGCUAUGGUGGAGACUUCUUGCUGGCCCGGCUGCAUUCCUCCACAUUGGGGGCAGGCGUUGCAGGACAGGUGCUGGACCACAGGAAUGGGACCUACUCUGCCAUUUUCCCAUUACUAUGGCAGGGGUCUGCACAGGUGGAGGUGACACUGGUCCAUCCUAGUGAGGCAGUUCAUGUUCUACGACGGAUACGAGAGGAACGGCCCGACCGGAUUCCAUUUCAGAGUCUGUUCCGCUCUGGAAAACUGUCCCAGACAACUGUAUGUAACCUGUGUCUGCCGACAAACCAGAGGCCGCUGUGCAAUUACACAGACCCCCACACAGGGGAGCCCUGGUACUGCUACAAGCCCAAGCUGCUGAGCUGUGACACACGGAUCAACCAUGCCAGGGGACCCUAUGUGAACCAUCUGCUCGUGAACAAGGAGGCAUUGCUCUUUCAGAAUGGUGUGAACAUCAAAGUUUCCAUUCAUCCUUCAGGGUCUGACAGUGUCAUUGUGCUGCCUGAGAAAAAAGCAGACGUGGAGAGAAGCAGCAUGAAGACAGAGUCUACCRGGAUCACUCCUUCCGGGUAUUACUUCCAAGGGUCAUGGCGAGCGCUGGGUGGUGGUGUGAUGCGCCAGUUUAACGUCUCAUCUGCCACUCAGUGUCUGAAGGGCAAGGUGGUGUACAUGUACGGAGACUCUACUGUCAGACAGUGGUUUGAGUACCUCAACACCUUAGUACCAGACCUGAAGGAGUUCAACCUCUACAGUCCUAAGAAUGUGGGGCCCUUCAUGGCAGUGGACAGCACCCACAACAUCCUGCUGAAAUACCGUUGUCACGGUCCUCCAAUCCGCUUCAACACUGUCAUCGCCAGUGAGAUGCGCUAUGUAGCUAAUGAGCUGGAUGGCCUAACUGGUGGGUCAAAUACUGUGGUGUUCAUCAGCAUAUGGUCCCAUUUCAGCACCUUCCCUGUGCAGGUCUACAUUCGCCGACUACGCCACAUUCGGCGGGCGGUGGUGCGGCUUCUGGACCGGGCUUCGGGGACCCUGGUGGUGUUGCGCUCGGCCAACCUCCAGGCCCUGGACCCGAAAGUGAGCCUGUACAAUAGUGACUGGUUCUCAGUGCAGCUGGACGGGGUGCUCAGGGCUAUGUUCAAGGGUCUGGAUGUUUUGCUGAUAGAUGCCUGGGAGAUGACCCUUGCCCACCACCUCCCCCAUGCCCUCCACCCACCUCCUAUCAUCAUCAAGAACAUGAUAGACAAUAUCCUCUCUCAUGUCUGCCCAGAGUAGAGCUAGCAGAUUAAGAAUGAUUUAUGUCAGAAUUCUAUCAUUCAACACCUACAGUGUGCAAUAUUCAAAAUAAUCCUAGAAAUACCAAAUUCUGCAUACCAUACAUGUACAUUAUGUGUUUUUACUGUUGUCACAUCACAAUGAAUGAUGAUUGUUACUCUCAAAAUGUGGGAAUGUAAAAAAAUGCCUGCACAUUU